AUGGUGUUUGCUAUACCUUACCAGACUUACAUUCCUUUACCUUUUGACUCAGGUAGAAACUAUGUCUUUGAUCAUGAGGCUGUUUUAUCAAUGGUUCCAAUUCACAUUGUCACCCAUGCAUCUCAGCUUCCAAAAGAGUUUCUUUUUCCCUCUUCUAAAAACCACUUAAUCGUCGGAUUUGAUUGCGAAGGUGUUCAACUCUGCCAUUACGGAACUCUUUGCAUUAUGCAGCUUGCUUUUUUGGAUGCUAUAUAUUUAGUUGAUGUAAUUCAAGGUGGGGAAAAACUGAUGAAAGCCUGCAAGCCUGCACUUGAAUCUAGCUUCAUCACAAAAGUUAUCCAUGAUUGUAAACGAGAUAGUGAGGCACUGUACUUUCAUUUUGGUAUUAAGCUACACAAUGUGAUGGAUACUCAGAUUGCGUAUUCUCUUAUUGAGAAGCAACGAGGACGACGGAGGUCAUCAGAUAACCCCAUUUCCUUCAUCGCACUCCUUGCUGAUCCAAAUUAUUGUGGUAUAUCGUACAUUGAGAAGAAUGACAUUCGUGUACUACUAAAGAAGGACCCCAAAUUUUGGACAUAUAGACCCUUAUCAGAAAUGAUGAUCCAAGCUGCUGUGGAUGAUGUUCGUUUUCUUCCCUAUGUUCACCAUAAGAUAAUGGAAAAGUUAAAUGAGCAAAUGUUAUGGCAACUUGCUAUUCGUGGUGCAUUACAUUGUCGAUGUUUUUGUGUCAAUGAUAAAGGGUUUUUAGAUUGGCCACCAAUUCCGACCAUUCCAGAUAACAUCAAAGCGAAAGGGAAUGCUCUUGAAGAAGAAACAUUGUCAAUAAUUAAUGUACCUUCUGGGAGAAUGGGGCUUGUUAUUGGGAAGAAAGGUGCUUCAAUCUUGUCGAUUAAAAACUCAUGCAAUGCUGAUAUUUUGAUCAGAAGAGAUAAAGGACCUUCGGAUAAGGUGUUCAUCAUAGGACCUGUAAAACAGGUGAGAAUGGCUGAAGCAAUUAUAAGAGGUAGAGUUGUCGACCUUUUUUAA